UUUUCUCUUUCCCUCAUGAUGCAAUCUUCGGGUGUGGUUUGGAUACCCAACGGUCUUCUACCUUCUUCUCCUUGCGGCCCAACGUGCUGAGGGCCCUUAUUGAGCCUGGACCUGCCGAAUUUUCAGAAUGUCUUCUACAACGGAACCCAAGGACAGGGGCAAUGAGUCUGACAGGGGCAUGUCCACCACGCAAGAGGAGCCUCUCACGCCGGAGGAGGAUCUCCUCUCUACCGUCGCCAAUGUUGGCACGGUCGAAAUCGUCAACGACAAGCAGGUCUUCAGGCCUACAAGAGAGUUUUUGCUGGCUUUUCUGGCCCUUUGCACCGUGGCCCUCGCCAUCGCCUUCGAUGCCACGUCUAUCUCCGUUGCCCUUCCGACCAUAAGCUCAGCCCUUGGCGGAACAGCUCUGGAAGCCUUCUGGUCCGGGACGAGUUUCUUGCUUGCAAGCACCGUCUUGCAACCGACUGUCGCCUCGCUAAGUAGCAUCUUCGGCCGAAAAUACAUGAUCUACGUCACAGCCGCCCUUUUCGCUGCGGGCUCUCUUAUUGCAGCUCUUGCGAACAACUUUACGGUCAUAUUAGUUGGCCGCACUAUCCAGGGCGUCGGUGGUGGUGGUCUGCUUGCCCUCACAGAGGUUGUUGUCACCGAUCUUGUCCCCCUCGCCUUCCGCGGGAACUGGCUCAGCUUGCUCUCGGCCAUGUGGAGCGUCGGGACUGUUACAGGACCGUUGAUCGGGGCCGGAUUCGCCCAGAACGUCACCUGGAGAUGGAUAUUUUACAUCAACCUACCUGUCAUUGCGCUAGGCAUCUUCUUCGUUGUCCUCUUUCUUCACCAGGCCAAGAUCCCCGGCCACAUCUUGCAGAAGCUCGGCCGAUUCGACUGGAUUGGCUGCAUCUUGUUCACGGCCACCUCGACCGGCUUUCUGUUCGGCUUAACGACCGGUGGCGUCAUGUACGAAUGGAGCUCGUGGAGAGUACUCCUACCGCUUCUGAUUGGGCCUGCAGGCCUUGUUGUCUUUGGAUGGUACGAGGCGAGAAUCGCAAGGGAGCCCAUAAUUCACAGGGGCCUGUUCAACAACUGGGACAUGAUUGUGACCUAUAUCAUGACUAUCCUCCACGGCAUGCUCCUGUGGUCGCUCCUUUACUUUAUGCCCCUGUACUACCAAGGCGUCAAGUUCUACUCGCCCAUCACGUCGGCCGUCGCCCUGCUCCCCGAGACUCUGACCGUGGCCCCAGGCGGCAUGGUGGUUGGCAUCGUAGCAAGCCUCACGGGCCAUUACCGGUGGUCGGUCUGGAUCGGAUGGAUCCUGACGACCCUCGGCUGCGGCCUCCUCCUCCUGCUCAAGCCCGAGACCAGUGUCGCGGCCUGGAUCUGGCUGAACGUGCCUGUCGGAAUGGGCACGGGGAUGCUCUUCCCCGCCAUGGCACUGUCCAUCCAGGCGGCGUGCGAGCCGGCCCUGAACGGCCAGGCGGCCGCCUUCUUCAGCUUCCUGCGCACCGUCGGGCAAUCGAUCGGCGUCGCCAUCUCGGGCGUCAUCUUCCAGAACGUGUUCAAGCGCAAGCUCGCCGGCAUUGCGGCCUUCGCGUCCCGGGCCGACCAGUUCAGCCGCGACGCGACCAUCGUCGUCGAGAUCAUCAAGCAGAUGCCGGCAGGGCCGGACCGCCACGACCUCGUCGUUGCGUACAACGACGCCCUACGGACGAUCUGGGUCAGCAUGCUGGCGUUUGCGGCCUUCUCGACGGUCCUCAGCGUGACGAUCAAGGGGUAUACACUUAACCAGGAGCAUGUCACGCAACAGGGUCUCGUGCAGCAGGACCGACGGGGCGAGAGUCCGACCGUGGAUGAGCGAGAGAAGCAGGAUGAGGGCGUUAAGGCUGUGAGGGCACAGAGGUGAGAGGGGGUCGCGGGGUGCAGUUGAUCGAUUCUAUGUACUUCCAGUUUAAUAGUGCUUUGGCUACGCAUUGGCAGCGAUGGUGGUGUCUCCAUGCAUUGACGUUGAUUUCUUGUCGGCUGAUGGCGUCGCAGGGUGGAUUUCGGUUUCGAACGUGGGAUACCUAAUUAGAAAGGGCUUCAAUGUAAGAGACUAGCUGAGAUAAAAUAGAUUCAAAGCAAAGCACAAUACACGCAUAUAUACGCAUGUAA